GUGGUGUUGCUGGAUAGGGACGUUUUCUUGGUCCUCCUAAUUCUACAGCUCAAAAUGGCAUCCCACAAAGACAAUAAUAUUUAGGAUUACACAAGGUGCCAUCACAACAAUGGCGAACACCGCACACUUAGUGCGUAGACAGAGUUCGCGGGACUUGAACCCUCAACGGUCCAUAGACCGUCUGGAGCUUAAGGAAAUGAAAGGACGUCUAGUCGUAGAAAAUGGAAGCACCGAACGAAAAGUUUACGGAGCCACAAAUGCAGCCUUCGAAGAUUCAAGCCCGAACACAAAAAAAAUAAAAUCCGCUUGUAGCAGCAAAAGGGGCUCCCAGGAUGGUAAGGCGAUUUUUAAACCUGAAUGCGCUGAAGAGGAAAGAGAAUCUUGGGACAGUAAACUUACUUUUCUUCUUGCUACUGUUGGAUAUGCCGUGGGUUUGGGUAACGUAUGGAGGUUUCCCUAUUUGGCGCAGAAAAAUGGAGGAGGUGCUUUUCUUAUUCCGUAUUUUAUUAUGCUUUGCAUUGAGGGAAUACCGAUCUUUUAUUUAGAACUGGCUAUAGGACAAAGACUCAGAAAAGGAGCGAUUGGUGUUUGGAAUCAAGUAUCCCCAUAUCUUUCAGGUAUUGGUAUUAGCAGCGCGGUAGUGUCAUUCAACGUAGCAUUAUACUACAACACAAUUAUUGCAUGGUGCCUGUUCUAUUUAGCGCAAAGUUUUCAAUCCCAGUUGCCCUGGGCAGAAUGUCCCAACGUCUAUUUUCUAAAUGGAUCCUACACAACGGAACCGGAAUGUGUGGCGAGCAGCCCAACACAAUACUUCUGGUAUAGGACUACGCUAAUGGUUUCGGAGGAUAUCAAUACUCCAGAAUCAUUUAAUUGGAAAAUAGCGAUCGCCCUGCUUGUAGCCUGGAUAUUGGUUUAUAUGUGCAUGAUAAAGGGAAUUGCAUCGUCAGGAAAAGUUGUUUACGUAACCGCUACAUUUCCUUACAUCGUUUUGAUAAUAUUCUUUUUUCGCGGAAUAACCUUGAAAGGUGCCGGAGAUGGAAUUCGACAUCUUUUCACGCCUUCAUGGCACACUAUUUUGGAUCCAGUGGUGUGGUUGGAAGCGGGAACGCAAAUAUUUUUUUCGCUCGGACUUGCCUUUGGAGGCCUUAUCGCAUUUUCUUCAUACAAUCCCGUCAAUAACAACUGCUACAGAGACGCAAUCAUGGUUUCUAUGACUAAUUGCUUCACGUCAAUGUUUGCAGGGAUUGUUGUAUUUUCCAUUAUUGGUUUUAAAGCUACUAUGGUAUACGAAAAGUGUUUAGACACUAGAAAUGAAACUCUUACCAAAUUGUUCGGAGAGCAUGAUUUGGUCGAAAACGCUUUGCCUCCGCCAGGAACUCUUAUCAAUAUAACAUCAAUUGAUGGCAUUGUCAAAAAUUUUAUUAUGCCUGUUUUGCCUAUUUGCGACUUGGAAAAGGAAUUGGAUAACUCUGCUUCUGGAACGGGACUGGCUUUUAUCAUAUUUACCGAAGCAAUAAAUCAAUUUCCAGGAGCGCAAUUUUGGUCGGUGUUAUUUUUUCUGAUGCUGUUCACGUUGGGAAUUGAUUCACAAUUCGGAACUUUAGAGGGCGUCGUUACUUCGAUUGUUGACAUGAAAUUACUACCAAACCUUCCCAAGGAGAUACUGACCGGCGCUCUUUGCCUAACUUGUUGCGUUAUCUCGAUGGCCUUUGCCCACGGAGCUGGAAGUUACGUGUUUGUGCUUUUCGAUAACUUCAGCGGAAACUUUCCGCUACUUAUCAUCGCCUUGUUUGAGUGCAUCGGAGUUUCUUACGUCUAUGGACUCAAGAGAUUUGCUGAUGACAUAGAAAUGAUGACUGGUUCCCGCCCUGGUCUAUAUUGGUUGAUAUGUUGGAAAUACUUAUCGCCCCUUGCGAUGAUCUCGAUUUUGGUGGCAAGUUUCGUGGAAAUAGCAGUAGAUGGAUCUGGAUAUGAUGCUUGGGUGCCUUCCAAAGGCGAGACUGUAAAACACGAAUGGCCCACUUGGGGAAUCCUUCUUAGUGUAUUUUUGGUACUGGCUUCUGUACUUUGGAUUCCUGGUGCUGCUAUUGCAAGAUUAUUUGGUUAUGUCCUAAUAUACGACGAAGAAAAAGCCUGGUUUCCGGCAAAUGACCUAAAAGACUUUCAUGGCAUAAUGCCGCAUGAAGUGACGACUGCUGAAACGUUGCUGUUUUGCAUCCGAGCCGAUGGUUCCGAAGGACUUUGUUGUCCUACAUAUCACACUUACGACGACGAUGACUUUGAUGAAGAUAACUAAGACAAUAAUUAAUCGUUUUAUAAAGACAUUAAAAACCAUUUUUAAACUAAAAAUAUGACUGAAAAUAUAAAUAGACAAUAAAUUAUUUAAAUUAAAGCUUAUGCAAUUUACAUAACCGCAAUACUAAAUCAGGUACAUCCUUUAGAUAGCGUUUUAGUAAGAUAGAGGAAUGCAAUAAUAUACAAAUUAUAAUCUUUUACUAAAAGAAAUUCAAAUAUAGAGGAAUAAAUCAAAUUUCGAACAGAAAUUAAAGUGUUCUCUAAAGAUUUAUUGUUGAAUUCAACGCAAGAAACAUAGUUUGCAAUUAUGUGAUAAUAAAAAUAAAAAUAAACAAGGUUGUGAUUCUAAAACGUUUACUUGUAAAUUUUGAGUUUAAAAAAUAUAAAGUUUGAAAAUGGUUUUUAAGAUCACUAAUCAUCUAGACUAGAUAGUUUAAGAUAUUUAGUCCCUAGCAAAACUACCCUCUAUACAUAUAAUAUAUAUAUUGAGUGUUAUUUUUUAUUAGUUUAUUCAAAAAUAAGACAAAAAGAUAUUACUUAAAUAUCUAUAUAUCAACGAUGUUCAGCAUUUAAACAUUAAUUUGCUGAGAAAAUGUGAUAAAGUCGCACAAAUUACCUUAAAGAGCACAGCUAAAAUAUUUUGCAAAGAAAAUGGAUACAUGGUACACAUAUCUUAAAAAUUGAAAAGCCAUCCAAAUGUAUUGAAAAUGUAAUUAUUAAAAUAUGUACGUAACUAAAAAGGAAACAUAAACUUAUGCAACUAUCAUAUCAAAUAACAUAUUAGGAAUGUCCAGAGUUGUACAGGAAUACUUCAUUAAAAGUUCCGCAGGUCCCCUCUUAACAUCUUAUAUGGGAGGGCAAGGAAAAAGGGAUAGUCAAGUGGUGCUCUUACAAUUAUUAACCUGAAAAAUUAAGUCUGGUUUCCAUCAGAUGAAAAGACCGUCAAUCCCGUGGCUACGUUAAAAACUAGAUCCCCCGGGAUAAAAGAGUCGUGCCGAAGGAGUAAUAGGCAUCUAAAUGCUUCCACCCUUACUUAAGAUAAAAUCCUUACGUAAAAAACGCCAUGUAGACUUUUAAGACUGCCUUAAUAAUUGGAUGACGCUUAUUUAAAAGGAACCCCGUAACUCUUUAUCGUUUGCGACUUAUCUCAACUAAUGCCUAUUUUAAAUUGGUGGUUGGUUAUUUUCAAAAUUUGUAUAUAAUAUUAUUCAAUAAUAUUAAAUCAAUAUACAUUUAAUACACAGAUAUAUUGUGGCAAUCGAUAUUGGACAUGGACUAUUUUUUUUAUUAACUCAUUAUGUAGAUAAAUAAUAUGCUCUAAAUUGUAAAUAAUUUUACAAAUGGGGAGUACACUAGGUUCAUAAUGACGCCCAUAAAUUAAAAGAAGUGCAAAAAUAUAAAACUAAACAUUAGGGUGAAACGAAAUACAUGAUGUUAAUAAUUUAAUAUGCUCAUUUUGAAAAAAAAUUGUCUAUUAUAAUCAAAUUAAAACAAAAGAAAUUUAUUUUGAUCGGCUAAUGAUUAGAGGGUCCCGCAAUUAAGUGCAGACGAUAAUUUCAUAUUCUGCACUUUAAAGAGGUUUGGAGACCCUCUAAACAUCAUGGGAUCAAAAUCAUUUUUGUUUUUUAAUUUAUUGUACCCAAGAACAGUGCAGACGUGUUUAUAGUCCGCUUCUUAAAAAUAGGACACAAUCACUUAUGUAAAUAAAGAAUAAUCGAAGACUUACAAUUCAAACCAAAAGUGCAUUAACCAUGAUGCUAAAUUACAGAUACGGAUGAGCGGAUAAGUGACAUAAACCCCCGUACUUGACUGUUACCACCUGCCAGCGAUAAGCAUUCCUAAAGAUCACCGAAGAAAGCAAAAUUUGAAAAAGAGACUCCUAUAGAAACUGACAAGUAGGUACAUUAAAUUAAUCGCAUGACCUAAAUGCCAUUGCAACACAUAAAAUGUUAAAAUAAAAUAAUAGCAAACGUAAACCAGACAACUUACGAACGUCUAUAAUCUAAACAAAAUAUCACUUAACUACUCAAGCAGGCCCCGUCCCAAACAAAAGAAACAUGUUACCUUCAAAGCUUGUUUAAAAAGGCCAUACAUCAUUGGUCUUCGUUGAAGCCAGUGCUUGGAAUGGCUGUUGAGUUUUUCAACGAGGCAGAGCGGUACCACGAACAACCCGUCGUGGACGGUAAUACUUCGUAUUAAAGUCAAGAAGCGGUUUUCACACAGUGGGGCAAAAAAUUUAGGUAUAGCGGUUUCCGAAUUUUCAGCAUAGUAAUUUUUAGCAGACACGGACGCAGACGAAUAAAAAGUAUUAAGAAGCACGAUUAGGCCCCUACAGCGUAUUAACCAAACAAACCCCAUUUAUAAACCCCAAUUGAAUGUGGGUAUUGGGUUGAGGGGAAUUCGGGAUUGUACUUAGUUUUGGGUCAUUGUAUAGUCCCCUGAAAACCAAAACCAAAAUGUUUUUCCUCCUUCUCACAAACUCCUCUUGCCUAAUCGGGCGUAUAUCCCGGCCCGGCGAUAUAAUCCUGGGAGGGCUCUUAACCAUCGACGAUGUCGCCCACAAUCUUCCUACCGGUGUUAAACUUUGUAACCAUCAAACACAGUUAAUGCUGUGCAGUUGCGGGUUACGUAGAAGAACCGAAGAGGAGUAAAAAUAACUCUGGGAGACCAGUAUGACGGCGCUGAUGGGGACAGCUAUACGUUUCUCAUACUCAUACUCAUAUUAAUGGUAGACCACUAUUUUCAAUAUAGGCAUAUUUAACUUUUACUAUCAUAUAUUUUGCUCUGCCCUACUAAAUAUAUUUUCACAUAAUAAACCAUAUUGCUCCUAAUAAAAACCUGAUAUCAGUAAACGGUUUAAAUUUUAAAUAUAUGUAGUGUCUAAAGGCAUUAGUGUAUGUGUAUUUAAAAAAUUGUUAAGAGAGUAAGAAAAUUUUUAGAUACCAUCAUUCUUUUUGGAAAAAAAAUGACUUAAACAAUCGAAAAGUUUACAAAAUAUCUCUUUUAUUUAUCGUUUGGGUUAGCCAAAACCAAUUUUAUAGAGAUAUAAAACUUUUAUUAAAAUAAAACAAAUUCUACUAAUAUUCUGUCCUAGUAGUUAAAAGGUCCUAUCAACCAUAUUUAGUAAUAAAGGACUAAAUAUCACUUUUAUUUUAACAUAAUAUAUUAUCUUCAUUAUGUCUUAAAAAAUUAAAAGCUUUCUUAAUGUUUUGAAAAUUGAAAUAACAAUAAAGUAACUAAAAUUUAUAAACGUAUACUACCAUAUCUUAUACUGUGUACUUAUAGUAUACUGUGCGUUCCACAAAAGAUUGGCGGUCUUAGAAAUGUGAUGCAAUCCUCCAUUUCUAUGUAACGGCCAACUCUUUAUUGGUAUCGCGUAAAGGUGAUUGUAUACAUGCGAUCAUGCAAGUGUGCAAGUAUGUUACAAACCCUAGUACUAUACCAAUUAAGAGUUGGCCAUUACAUAGAAAUAAAUAAUUGCAUUAAUAUUUAUACUACAAUAAUUAUUAUUGUCCUAACAACCACAAUAUAUUUUAAAUAAAAUUUA